CCAGAAGGAGAAAAAGGGAGAAGGAGGAACAGGAACAAGAAUUUGAAUGAAAAGUUUCUGUCUUAUUUGAUUUUCUUAUGUUGGUGUUUGUGAGUACUUAGCACAUUUUGUUCGUAGCAUGCUUGGAGGAAAAGGAGAAAUAUGAACAGGAGCAGGAGCCAGGUUCAUGACUCUUCUUCAAUUCACGAAAUCGACGUUGCUCCUCACAAACCCAUUCCCAGGAGGCUUUAUCAAGUCUGGAAGGGCAACAAUAAAUUUGGUUGUGGUGGAAGAUUGGUCCUUGGCCCCGACGCAGGAUCGCUUUGUCUAACUUCAUUUCUAAUUGGAUGCCCUGCAUUAACAUUCUGCAUAAGGAUGCUCGUGAUUUUCAAAGAUGAGGAUCCACAUUUUGGUUAUCCUGUAUUGUCUGUGGGAUUAUUCCUUACUCUUUUGGAUUUUAUUUUUCUGUUUAUGACAUCUGCUGGAGAUCCAGGAAUACUGCCUAGGAAUUCACACCCUGUUGAAUUAGAUGAAGGACUUAGCAGUACCCCAUCAAUGGAUUGGGCUAACAAUAGAACUUAUCUGAAAAUACCUCGCAUGAAGGAUGUAAUUGUCAAUGGACACACAGUUAAAGUAAAGUUUUGUGAAACAUGUUUGCUAUAUCGUCUUCCACGAGCUUCACAUUGCUCAAUAUGCAACAACUGUGUGCAGAAAUUUGAUCACCACUGUCCAUGGGUUGGGCAGUGCAUUGGACUACGGAAUUAUGCAUCCUUCAUAGGUUUUAUAUCAACGUCAUCUUCGUUGUGCUUGUAUGUUUUUGUGUGUUCUUGGUUGAACCUUAUCCGUCCACCAGGCAGUUUGUGGAGAGCUAUGGCACAUGAUUUACUAUCAGUUAUUCUAAUAUUAUAUUGCUUCAUAGCCAUCUGGUUUGUUGGUGGUCUUACAGUUUUCCAUAUGUACCUAAUUUGGACAAACCAGACAACUUAUGAGAGUUUCAGAUACCGGUAUGACAAGAAGGACAAUCCCUAUAAUAAAGGUGUAUUUAGGAACUUCAAAGAUAUCUUCUUGUCUAGGGUUCCUCCAUCACUGGUCAAAUUCCGAGCAUGGACUUCAGAAUAUGAUGAUCAAUCAGUAGUUUCCAGUUAUCGAGAUUAUACUGGAGGUUCUAGUUUGAAAGAGAAAUUUGACAUAGAAAUGGGAAGUAAGCAUGACAAAGAUGGGCUGGGAGUUCCUCGUAUUUUACAGAAUUUGGAUUACAGUGAUCUUGAUGAUAGUGUGAAGAUAAGUGGGAAUGGUGAAGUUGCAUUUGACCCACAAUAUGCACAAGGGUGCUCCACUGCUGGAGGAAAUCCUAUUGAAGAUAAGAGGACACAAUAGCUCCCAAUGGACUACAUUGCUGAUUCUUAAGAAAUUAAGGUUUGAUUGGACGAUGAUGCUAUUGACACAUGAAUGUGGGGUUAUGGUUGUUGAAAGAUUGAUGAGCUUAGUGAAUGUUUUGUGUUGAUGGUAGAGGUGAAACUGAGUGGUCAGUGAUGUGGCUUAUGCUGUAAACAAAUACAGAUCAAUUGUAAAGAGGCAAUUCAUUUUUAAUUAUUUUGAGAUAAACUGAGCUGCUGCUCCACUUUCCAUUUUAGAAAAGAAAAGAAAAAACCAUGCUUUGUUUUUGUAGUUUAGGUUUGUGCAAUCCAUACAAAACAAACUGAGUAAUCUUGU